GCAUGUGGCUUCCGUGUGACUUUGCAUGUGUGCGCGAGGAGCGAACCAGAGGGGGAAACACAGAAAGGCAAAAGAAGAAGAAAAAAAAGAAAUGAAACAAGCCAAAGAGGAUCGAUCGUGAUGCGAUGGAUAGAUGCCCCCAGGCUACGUAAUAGUAAUUAACACACAUCACAUCGCAGUCCCACACACGUCACGUCACAUAGAUGCUCGUGUUGUCGCGGGGCAUAUUUAUUAUCAUUAUUUAUUAUGGACGGCGUACAUAGUCAGUCACGCGCGCACGCUGUAAUUGCAUUUUGGGGAUUGCUAAUCACGGCUCUUGAGGAAGUCUGUAAGCUAGUUCGGACUCUUGUGCUCAAUGUUGUGAAUACAUACUACGCAUCGAGGUAUCUGUGGGACAAUUACCGGAGGGUGCAAGUACGGAUAAGCGAGUGUGCGGGGAGGAGGAUUUGUUCGUUCACGCAAAUAUUCGCCCCUUUUUCAGUCUUGCUGAUCAGAACCAACUGCUGGAACUCUUAUAUUUUUUUUCGUAUUUCUAGAGAAGGAAUUGGCCUUCAGAAUCAUUAAACAGGGACUAAAUAGCUAUUACCUUCCUCAGCGAAAAGC